AUGCCUCUUUUCCCUGUGGGUACGGGUGUCGCUCCGGACGCAGACUCUUCCCAGAUGGAGUCAGACCCCGUGAAAAGAACGCAGUCACCAUCUGCGGCGACGAAAAUCAAAAACCGGCGCAAGCGCUAUCUGGACAUGCACCCGGAGUAUUUCUCUGCUGAUCUCGAGCUAGCCGACCCGUUGCUGUAUGAUCGCUUGAUCCGUCGAUUCCAGACUCCAGCCGAGAGGGAGGCUGAAGGACGUGCCAAAGGCUUCUCAGGUGUGCUGCAAGCGGACCUAUGUAGAUCCGAGGCCAAGUUCGAGGCCCUUUCCCAUCCUGAUCCUCACGCCAUGUUCAGCUAUACUCGUGGCCCAAACGGAGAGAUCCUCGCGGAAGAUAGAGACGAAAUUCCCCCGAAUAAGGAAGAAGGGGAGAAGGCGUGGCGAUGGGAGAUGACCUUGCGGUUCCUGAGGGGUGAAGAUGGCGAUUUCGAUUAUGCCUCGGUUGACGACAAUGAUGAGUAUGAUGAUUGGAACGCCGAGCAGGAAAAGUACUUCGAUGAUGAAGAACCAGAGUGGCUUGUGGAAGGAGUAGACGAUGGAGAAGUCAAGUCCCAUCUGCAAGGCGAAACUGGUCUUCACUUGUUCAGCUGCUUCACGAUUUUGGCAAGGGAGCGGAAGUUUUUGCUGCGCUUGUUUGCAGCUUAUUCUCGCCGAAUGGGCUGGGACCCCAUUUUCAUAUCACACGAUCAAAACGUCAUUAAUGACGCAUCUUCCAUAUCCGUAAUGGGAAUGCCUCAUAGCUCUUGCUUUAGCAGGCCCUCUCGCCCUCCUGCCGAACUGAGAAUGCAGUGCUCUUCGCUGUAUCUUAAUAAGGAUGAAUUUCAUUCCGUGGAUACGCCUACUGAACCAGGCUACUGUAUCCAGGAUGAAACUAUACUUGCUCGCGGCCAGAUUGAGCGUUAG